AUGGACAUCAUAACUGCGAACUCCUUCCCGGCUGGAGAUGAAAGCGAAGGUAGCAACGACGAUUGGGAUAUCUGUUUUUCUUUGGAUAACAAGUCCCCUCAAAUUAAGGAUCAGGAUGCUGUUGUGCCACAUGCACAAGAUAAUGUGUCGCUGUUGAAACAAGCCAUCAGUAAAGGAGACAUUGGGGCUGUCAAACAGCUGUUGGACGAUGGCAUGGACGUGGAGACCAGGCUCGGCUUUGAUUGGACGCCUCUCAUGUGUGCGGUCAGUGUGGUUAACUACGAGCUCACAGAACUGCUCCUGGACAGAGGGGCCAGCGCCAACUUCAGCAAAGGUCAGACCAAUACGGAGAGGGGAAGUGACUCCCCUAGCGCUAACCGUAGCUACAUCAGCUACCAGCAUCAGUAUUCAGGCAACCUCUCACUCCCCAGCUCGGGUCCUGCAGUCCAGGAGAGUUCAGGCUAA